ACCCUUUACUGAGGAAGACAGGAGUUGUGGGGCGGUUGGGCCGCCAUUUUGUUCCUUGGAACUAGGCAGGAGCGGCACGCAGGGGGCAAUUUGGUGGGCUGCCUGGCCGGCCGGCUAGCUUGCUAGGUGUGCGGGGGUUUGGGGAGGGGGAGGAGGAAAGAGGCGUGGGUCAAGUGCACACAUUAAAUACCCGAGGCCGCUUCUUCCCACCCCCUUCGGGGGCCUGUUUUAGCCUGCCAUGUCUGGAGAAGCUCCCGCCGGCGACCAGGCUGCUGAAUAUGUCCCAGAAAAAGUAAAGAAAGCUGAAAAGAAACUAGAAGAGAAUCCAUAUGACCUUGACGCUUGGAGCAUUCUCAUUCGAGAGGCACAGAAUCAACCUAUAGACAAAGCACGGAAGACCUAUGAACGCCUUGUUGCCCAGUUCCCAAGUUCUGGCAGAUUCUGGAAACUGUACAUUGAAGCUGAGAUAAAAGCAAAAAACUAUGACAAAGUAGAAAAGCUGUUUCAGAGGUGCCUUAUGAAAGUUUUACACAUUGACUUAUGGAAGUGCUACCUUUCGUAUGUGCGAGAAACCAAAGGGAAGCUACCUAGUUAUAAAGAAAAAAUGGCUCAGGCAUAUGACUUUGCUCUGGAUAAAAUUGGCAUGGAAAUAAUGUCGUACCAGAUCUGGGUGGAUUACAUCAAUUUUUUGAAAGGCGUUGAAGCAGUAGGAUCCUAUGCAGAAAACCAGAGGAUAACUGCUGUGCGCAGGGUAUAUCAACGGGGCUGUGUGAACCCAAUGAUCAACAUCGAGCAACUCUGGCGAGAUUAUAACAAAUAUGAAGAGGGAAUAAACAUCCACUUAGCUAAGAAAAUGAUUGAAGAUCGCAGUAGAGAUUAUAUGAACGCUAGACGUGUGGCUAAGGAAUAUGAAACUGUGAUGAAAGGUCUGGACCGCAAUGCUCCUUCGGUCCCACCCCAAAAUACUCCCCAAGAAGCUCAGCAGGUAGACAUGUGGAAGAAAUAUAUUCAGUGGGAAAAGAGCAACCCUUUACGUACUGAAGACCAAACCCUUAUAACAAAGAGAGUGAUGUUUGCAUAUGAACAAUGCCUGUUGGUGCUGGGACAUCAUCCAGAUAUUUGGUAUGAAGCUGCACAAUAUCUCGAGCAAUCCAGCAAACUACUAGCUGAGAAAGGGGACAUGAACAAUGCUAAACUGUUUAGUGAUGAAGCUGCAAAUAUUUAUGAACGAGCAAUCAGCACUUUACUAAAAAAGAACAUGCUUCUUUAUUUUGCAUAUGCAGAUUAUGAAGAGAGUCGGAUGAAAUAUGAGAAGGUGCACAGCAUAUAUAAUCGGCUCUUAGCUAUUGAAGAUAUUGAUCCCACUUUGGUAUAUAUUCAGUAUAUGAAGUUUGCAAGGCGAGCAGAGGGCAUAAAAUCAGGCAGGAUGAUAUUUAAGAAGGCACGAGAAGAUGCCCGGACCCGUCAUCAUGUCUAUGUUACAGCUGCUCUGAUGGAGUAUUAUUGCAGCAAGGACAAGUCAGUGGCCUUUAAGAUUUUUGAGUUGGGGCUAAAGAAAUAUGGAGACAUUCCAGAAUACGUCUUGGCAUAUAUUGAUUAUCUUUCUCAUCUCAAUGAGGAUAAUAAUACAAGAGUCCUGUUUGAACGAGUAUUAACCUCAGGGAGCCUCCCACCUGAGAAAUCUGGAGAGAUAUGGGCCCGAUUUUUAGCUUUUGAAAGUAAUAUUGGUGACCUGGCUAGCAUACUUAAAGUGGAGAAACGGAGGUUUACAGCCUUCAAGGAGGAAUAUGAGGGCAAAGAAACAGCUCUACUAGUAGACAGAUACAAGUUCAUGGAUCUGUACCCCUGCUCUGCCAGUGAACUCAAAGCUCUUGGUUAUAAGGAUGUGUCUCGGGCAAAGCUGUCAACCAUAAUUCCAGAUCCUGUUGUGGCUCCUUCAAUAGUGCCUGUGCUAAAAGAUGAAGCGGACAGAAAACCAGAGUAUCCAAAACCAGAUACCCAGCAGAUGAUUCCAUUUCAGCCAAGACAUUUAGCACCUCCAGGUUUGCAUCCAGUCCCUGGUGGUGUCUUUCCAGUCCCGCCUGCUGCUGUAGUUCUAAUGAAGCUUCUCCCACCUCCCGUGUGUUUUCAGGGCCCCUUUGUGCAAGUGGAUGAACUCAUGGAGAUUAUCAGGAGAUGCAAACUCCCAGACACUGUGGAUGAAGCUGUGCGAAUCAUUACUGGGGGACUACCAGACUUAACAAUGGAAGGGAAUGGACCUUUGGAAAAUAAUGCCCUUCUUAAUAAAUCUGUAAAAAGACCAAAUGAAGAUUCAGAUGACGAUGAAGAAAAAGGAUCAGUGGUUCCUCCAAUUCACGACAUUUACAGAGCACGACAGCAAAAGCGAAUCCGAUGAGACAUGUUGCAGUCGCAAUGAUGAAGACUAAAUGACUUGUAACAAUUGUUUUCCUUCUACAAAAUCAAAUGUUUAAAAGGGAUUGACGUUUCUAACAAGCAUCUUGCAACUGAGGUUGUUUUAUUACUGUGGUGCCUCUUUUUUACCAGCUGAUUCUUCAUCAGAAAAGAAAAGGGCAGGUGAAUUUUACAACAAGCAAAUUUGAGCUCCAGGUUUUGAACACAAUUUGUGCAGAAUGUCUGAAUUGCAUUUGGUUGCUCUUCACAUGUGUAUCCCCAUCUUACCACUUGAAAUCUUGCAGGGGUCCUGACAGUUUUAUUUUAAAAACUGGAUAGCAUAAAAAUUGUGAAAUAUUUUAAAUUCACACCUCUGGAAAACGAAGUUGUUUUCAGUUUGCUCAUUUAGUGUCUGUCCUGCCUUAUUCUUUGUUUUUAUUUAUGGCAGAAUGAAUGGAAACUGUUUUUUGUAGUUUAAAAUGGAAGAACAUUCCUUUCCAAUAAAGGAUCUCUCCAUAA